AUGAAUUAUUCACCUACUAUUAUUUCAAUAAUUGAAAAUAUUAUAUUGAUGUUACCCGCUUUAUUAGUGGUUGCUUAUGUUACUGUAGCCGAAAGAAAGACUAUGGCCAGUAUGCAAAGAAGACUUGGUCCUAAUGCUGUAGGAUACUAUGGUCUAUUGCAAGCAUUCGCAGAUGCUUUAAAAUUAAUCUUAAAAGAAUAUGUAGCCCCUACACAAGCUAAUUUAAUACUAUUUUUCUUAGGACCUAUAGUGACAUUAAUAUUUGCUUUAUUAGGUUAUGCAGUUAUUCCUUACGGUCCUGGACUAUCACUAGGGGAUAUGGAAUUAGGAAUAUUGUAUAUGUUAGCUGUUUCAUCUUUAGCUACUUAUGGUAUUUUACUUGCAGGAUGAAGUGCUAAUAGUAAGUAUGCUUUCUUAGGAUCUUUAAGAAGUACAGCUCAAUUAAUUAGCUACGAAUUAGUGUUAAGUUCUGUAUUAUUAAUAAUAAUAAUGAUAACAAAUAGCCUAAAUUUAAAUAUAAAUGUACAAUUCCAAAAAAUAGUAUGAUUAGCUUUACCCCUAUUAUGUAUAUUAAUAAUAUUCUUUAUAGGAUCUGUGGCAGAGACUAAUAGAGCACCGUUUGAUUUAGCAGAGGCUGAAUCUGAGCUGGUAAGUGGAUUUAUGACAGAACACGCAGCAGUAAUAUUUGUCUUUUUCUUCUUAGCUGAAUAUGCUAGUAUUGUAUUAAUGUGUAUAUUUACUAGUAUUUUAUUUUUAGGUGGUUAUUUAUUAGAAUUUGACAUUGUAUAUUGAUUUGAUUUAUUUAAUUAUGUAUAUGCAUAUAUUUUUGAUAUAAACUGAGUUACAUCUCUAGAAUAUUUUAAAUUAAGAGAAAUUUUAACUAGUUCUUCUGUAGAUGCCUUUUUACAUAGUAUAACUUUAGGUAUAAAAAGCUCAAUAAUGAUAUUUAUAUUUAUCUGGGUAAGAGCCUCUUUCCCUAGAAUUAGAUUUGACCAGUUAAUGUCAUUCUGUUGAACUGUGCUAUUACCAAUUUUAUUUGCUUUUAUAAUAUUAAUUCCUUGUUUAUUAUAUAUAUUUGGAAUAACUGUUGUAAAUGUGAACAUGUUUUAG